CGCGCAGCCACACAGCCAGCCGGGCUCUCCUCCUCCUCCUCCUCCUCUCCUGGCACACUCCGAGAGGACCCUUGUGACCGUGUCCUCCUCUCCCUCGUCUCCCUCCAAACUUACUCUCCGCUUGCAUCAAAGUGCUCCAUUUGACUGCCAAGCGUGACUGCGCGCCGUGAAAGAGCGUGGAAGUUGUGUCCGGGGAUGCGCGCGGCUCUCCAGCUGGUUUCCAAGGCUGAGUCUGCGGGCUGCCGUUCCUGGUGGUGACCCCACGAAUAGGACAGUACAAGUUCAGAGCGGCGCACACAGGUGUUCCCCGUUGGAAAUGGACCUCACGCGGACUCAAACUGGAAUCGUCUGAUUAAUUUAAACAUUUUUUGGGAACCACACACGCUGAAAUAACUCAGCAUUGUUGGACCGCUACGAGGGACCGCUCAACAGCAGCUCAGCUUCCAGGACAUCCAGCACCAUCAGCAUCCAGCGGGGACUCGGCGCACGCUCACCCGGCACUUGUUGUACUCUGCGCGGCUGUCUUUUGGGACCAUGACGGCUGGCCCCUGGAGCUCAUCGAUGUGGCGCGCCACGUGGAUUUUAUUUCAACUCUUCGUCACGCAAUCCACAUUUGGUCAAGAUGAUGUGCCUCCGUACUUCAAAACGGAGCCGGUGCGAAGUCAGCUGCACUUGGAGCGCAACCGGCUGGUGCUGACCUGCAUGGCCGAGGGCAGCUGGCCUCUGGAGUUCAAGUGGAUCCACAACAGCACCGAGUUGACCCGCUUCUCUCUGGAGUACAGGUACUUGAUCCCGUCGCUGGACCGCUCCCAUGCAGGCUUCUACCGCUGCAUUGUCCGUAAUCGCGUGGGAGCACUGCUGCAGCGUCGGACUGAAGUGCAGGUGGCUUUCAUGGGCAGCUUCGAGGAGGGCGAGCGCGACCAGUCCAUCUCGCAGGGAGAGGGUGCUGUCGUCGCGGCUCCUCGCAUCCGCAGCUUCCCGCAACCGCAGGUCACGUGGUACAGGGACGGCCGCAAGAUCCCGCCCAGCAGUCGCAUUGCCAUAACACUGGAUAACACGCUGGUCAUCCUGUCCACGGUGGCGCCAGACGCCGGCCGCUACUACGUCCAGGCAGUCAACGAUAAGAACGGCGAGAACAAGACCAGUCAGCCCAUCACCCUCUCGGUGGAGAAUGUCGGAGGUCCGGCGGACCCCAUCGCACCCACCAUCGUCAUCCCGCCGCGGAACACCAGCGUCGUCACGGGAACAUCGGAAGUCACCAUGGAGUGUGUGGCCAACGCUAGGCCCCUCAUCAAGCUGAGCAUCACCUGGCGGAAGAACGGCGUUGCCGUGAGCAGCGGCCUGAGUGAUUUCAAUCGCCGACUGACCAUCCUCAGCCCCCUGGUGGCUGACGCCGGCUACUACGAAUGUGAGGCCAUGCUGCGCAGCAGCAGUGUGCCGUCCGUCAGCGCUGGCGCAUACCUGCAUGUGCUCGAGCCGCCGCAGUUCAUCAAAGAGCCGGAGAAGCACAUCACGGCUGAGAUGGAGAAAGUGGUCGACAUUCCCUGUCAAGCGAGAGGUGUGCCCCAGCCAGAUAUCGUGUGGUACAAGGACGCCACGCCCAUCGAUCCGGUGAAAACGCCUCGGUACCGGGUGUUGACGGGCGGCAGCCUGCAGGUCAACGGCCUCCUGCCCGACGACACCGGCAUGUUCCAGUGCUUCGCCAGGAACGCGGCGGGCGAGGUCCAGACCAACACGUACCUCGCCGUCACCAGUAUCGCUCCCAACAUCACUGCCGGUCCCUCGGACAGCACCGUGAUCGACGGGAUGUCCGUCAUCCUGCACUGCGAGACUUCCGGCGCUCCGAGACCAGCUAUCACCUGGCAAAAAGGAGAGCGUGUCCUGGCGAGCGGUUCGGUGCAGCUGCCUCGCUUCACCCUGCUGGAGUCAGGCAGCCUGCUCAUCUCGCCCUCGCACAUCUCCGACGCCGGCACCUACACCUGCAUGGCCAGUAACUCACGUGGCAUCGACGAGGCAUCCGCCGACCUCGUGGUCUGGGCCCGAACCCGGAUCACGACGCCCCCGCAGGACCAGAGCAUCAUCAAAGGCACCAAGGCUGCACUGACCUGCGGUGUCACACACGAUCCCAGCGUGAAUGUCAGGCACCUGUGGGAGAAAGAGGGCGUGGCCAUCAACGUGCACGCCAUGCCGCGCGUGCAGCAGGACACCGACGGCACGCUGCACAUCUCGCAGACGUGGUCGGGCGACAUCGGCACCUACACCUGCCACGUCACCUCGGUGGGUGGCAACGAUUCCCGCAGCGCCCACCUCCGUGUCAGGCAGCUGCCUCACGCGCCCGAGAACCCUGCAGCAGUGCUGAGCACUUCCGAGCGGCGUGCCAUCGACCUGACCUGGGCGAAGGCCUUCGACGGCAACAGCCCACUCAUGCGCUACAUCCUGGAGGUGUCUGAGAACAAUGCUCCCUGGGCGAUCCUGCUGGCCAGCAUCAAACCCGAGUCGUCGGCGGUGACGGUUAGCGGCCUGAUUCCGGCGCGUUCCUACCAGUUCCGCUUGUGCGCCGUCAACGACGUGGGCAAGGGCCAGUUCAGCAAGGAGACAGAGCGCGUGUCGUUGCCAGAGGAGCCUCCUAGCGCUCCUCCGCAGAAUGUCAUCGCCAGCGGUCGGACCAACCAGUCCAUCAUGAUCCAGUGGCAGCCGCCACCCGAGAGCCAUCAAAACGGCAUCCUGCGCGGCUACACCGUACGGUACCGUCUGACGGGGCUGCCGGUGGACUACCAGAUCAAGAACAUCUCCAGCCCGGACGUGACCACGCUGCUGCUGGAGGACCUCAUCAUCUGGACCAACUAUGAGAUCGAGGUUGCCGCCUACAACGGGGCAGGCUUGGGCGCCUUCAGCCACAAGGUCACUGAGUGGACCCUACAAGGAGUGCCGACCAUCGCCCCUGGCAACGUGCUGGCGGAGGCCGUCAACUCCACGGCGAUCCGCUUUACGUGGACGGCGCCCAACCCGCAGUUCAUCAACGGCAUCAACCAAGGCUACAAGCUGCUCGCGUGGGAGCCCGGGAAUGAGCGUGAGGCGGCGGCGGUGACGGCGCGGCCCAACUUCCAGGACGGCGUGCACGUGGGCUACAUGACUGGCCUGAAAAAGUUCAGCGACUACUACACCUCCGCACUGUGCUUCACCACGCCGGGCGACGGACCCCGCAGUCCCCCAAAGCUUCUGAGGACGCACGAGGACACGCCGGGCGCUGUCGGCCACCUGAGCUUCACCGAGAUUCUCGACACGUCGCUCAAAGUCAGCUGGAGUGAACCCAGCGAGAAGAACGGCAUUCUCACAGGCUACCGCAUCUCGUGGGAAGAGUUCAACCGCACUAACACACGGGUCACCCACUACUUGCCCAGCGUCACCCUGGAGUAUCGCGUCACUGGACUGACCGCGCUCACCACGUACACCAUCGAGGUGGCGGCCAUGACGUCCAAGGGACAAGGCCUGGUCUCGUCCUCCACCAUCUCCUCGGGCGUCCCGCCAGAGCUUCCUGGCCCACCCACCAACAUCGCCAUCUCCAAUAUCGGCCCACGCUCCGUCAGCCUGCUCUUCAAGCCGGGCUACGAUGGCAAGACCUCCAUCUCCCGCUGGCAGGUGGAGGCCCAGGUGGGCGCUGUGGGAGACAAUGAGGACUGGGUGACGGUUCACCAGGUGUCCAACCUACCCGACGCACGCUCCCUGGAGGUUCCAGGUCUCAAUCCAUACACCUAUUACAGGUUCCGUAUGCGUCAGGUGAACAUCGUGGGCAGCAGCCCCCCUAGCCAACCCUCCAGGAAGAUCCAAACGCUUCCUGCCCCUCCGGAUGUCGCCCCCGCCAAUGUCACACUUCGCACCGCCAGCGAGACCAGCCUGUGGUUAAGAUGGAUGCCUCUGCCUGAGUGGGAGUAUAAUGGCAACGCGGAGCAGGUGGGCUACAGGGUGCAGUACGCCAAGGCGGGUUCGUCGGGUCGCCCGCUCACCCAGGCUAUACCCGACCGCCUGGAGAGAGAGUUCACCAUCGAGGACCUGGAAGAGUGGACCGAGUACGAGGUGAGGGUGCAGGCCCGCAAUGGUAUCGGGCUUGGGCCCUGGAGCCAGCCAAUCAGAGGCCGAACCCGAGAGUCAGUGCCGUCCUGCGGGCCAACUAACGUGUCGGCCUUCGCCACCACUUCCAGCAGUGUCCUGGUGCGCUGGUCCGAAGUACCCGAGCCGGACCGGAACGGACUCAUUUUGGGCUACAAGGUGGUGUACAAAGAGAAGGACUCAGACAGCGGCGCCCGAUUCUGGACGGUGGAGGGCAACGCCACCCACAGUGUCCAGCUGGCGGGUCUGGGCAAAUACGUCCUGUACGAGAUCCAAGUCCUGGCGUUCACCCGCAUUGGAGACGGGCGGCCCAGCUCCCCGGCCAUUUUUAAAAGGACCCUGGAUGACGUGCCAGGACCACCAAUGGGCAUCCUGUUCCCUGAAGUCCGCACCACUUCAGUUCGCUUGAUUUGGCAGUCGCCCACGCAGCCCAACGGGAUCAUCCUGGCGUACCAGAUCACGUACCACCUCAACUCCACCAACGGCAACACCGCCACCGUGGACGUGCUCAACCCCAGCGCCCGCCAGUACACAGUCACCGGCCUCAAACCCGAGUGUGCCUAUGUGUUCCGUAUCACGGCGCAGACGCGCAAGGGCUGGGGCAAGGCCGCCGAGGCACUGGUGGUCACCACUGAGAAACGAGCUCGACCGCAGCCCACCAGCCGCCCCGCCGUGCCUCAGAAGGAUGUGCGCGCCCGCCGCGUUCUCCUUUCGUGGGAGCCCGGCAGCGACGGUCUGUCGCCCGUGCGCUACUACACCGUGCAGCUGCGCCAGCUCCCCAACAACAACUGGACCGUGCACUCGGCCUCCGUCAACCACGACGCCACCUCCUACGUCGUCUCCAGGCUGAAGCCCUUCACGUCCUAUCAGUUCAGAGUGAAAGCCACCAACGACAUCGGAGACAGCGAGUACAGCGAGGAGAGCGACGCCAUCACCACUCUGCAGGAUGCGCCAGACGAAGCACCUGUCAUCUUCUCGGUCACGCCCCACACAACUACGUCAGUGCUGAUUCGCUGGAAACCUCCCCACGAGGAGAGGAUCAAUGGAAUCCUGCUGGGCUUCCGCAUCCGCUACCGGGAGCUGCUGUACGACCGUCUUCGAGGUUACUCCCUCCACGCCAUCAACAGCAUGUCAGCGUGGGCCGAGCUCACCGCCCCCUACAGCGUCCGCAAUCUGAGCGACGCCACUUUGACGCAGUUCGAGUUGGACAAGUUGAACAAGCACAAGCGCUACGAGAUCCGCAUGAGCGUGUACAAUGCCGUAGGCGAGGGGCCCACCAGCCCGCCGCAGGAGGUGUUUGUUGGAGAAGCAGUUCCCACAGCGCCCCCACAGAAUGUGGCCGUUCAGUCCUCCACCGCCACUCAGCUGGAUGUCACGUGGGACCCGCCGCCGAUCAACGCUCAAAAUGGUGACAUCCAAGGCUACAAGGUAUACUUUUGGGAGUCCCACCGCAAGAACGAGACGGAGCGUCUGCGGACCCUGUUCAUGCCCGAAGGGGGCGUGAAGCUAAAGAACCUUACCGGCUACACCAGCUACAUGAUCAGCGUGGCCCCCUUCAACGCUGCCGGGGAUGGGCCCCGCAGCCCCGCCAUCAGGGGGCGCACUCAGCAAGCAGCCCCCAGCGCCCCCAGCUUCAUCCACUUCAGCGAGCUCACCACCUCCUCUGUCAACGUGUCGUGGGGCGAGCCGGCCCUGCCCAACGGCAUCAUCGAAGGCUACCGCCUGGUCUAUGAGCCCUGUACGCCCAUUGACGAGUCUUCCAUGGCCUGUGCCGACUGUCUCCACUCCCCCUCCUCCCCCCCAGGCGUCAGUCGGACUGUCAUGGUCGACGUGAAGGGCGGCAGCCCCCUCUGGCUCAAGCUCAAGGACUUGGCCGACGGCGUCACUUACAACUUCCGCAUCCGAGCCAAGACGUUCGUGUACGGGCCCGAGGUGGAGGCUAACAUCACCACCGGCCCCGGGGAAGGAGCCCCGGGACCCCCAGGGGACCCCUUUAUCACUCGCUACGGCUCAGCACUGACCAUCCACUGGACCAGCGGGGACUCGGGUCGCGCUCCGAUUACACGCUACGUCAUCGAGGCUAGGCCUUCUGAUGAGGGCUUGUGGGACAUCCUGAUCAAGGACAUCCCCAAGGAAGUGACGUCGCACACGUUCAACAUGGACAUCCUGAAGCAGGGCGUCAGCUACGACUUCCGGGUGAUUGGCGUCAACGAUUACGGCUACGGCUCACCCAGCCUUCCCACUCCCUCCAUAUCCGCCCAAAAAGUGCCCCCCUUCUACGAGGAGUGGUGGUUCUUGGUGGUGGUGGCCCUCGUGGGGCUCAUCUUCAUCCUCCUGCUGGUCUUCAUCCUCAUCAUCCGAGGACAAAGCAAAAAGUAUGCAAAGAAGUCAGAAUCAGUGUCUCUGUAUGUGUGCGCAGGUAACAACGCCAACUGCAACGCGCUGACGCACGGCGACAUGGUUAGCCUGGACGAGGGCCGCUUCCCCGCCCUUGAGCUCAACAACCGACGGCUGUCUGUCAAGAACUCUUUCUGCCGGAAGAACGGCGUCUACACCAGGUCUCCUCCCAGGCCGAGUCCAGGCAGUUUAAACUACUCGGACGAGGACAUGAGCACAAAGUACAACGACUUGAUCCCUGUGGAAAGCAACAGCCUGACCGAGAAACCCUCCGAAAUCUCUGACUCGCAGGAGGCGCUGGUGUUUUCAUACGGAACAGGUGGUCUACAUACACUUCCACUGCAUUUGGGCAGUGACACUGAGUACGAGGUGGACGCCAACCGCCAGAAGACGCACUCCUUCGUCAACCACUACAUCAGCGACCCCACUUACUACAACUCAUGGCGUCGCCAGCAGAAGGGCAUCUCCCGAGCACAGGCCUACAGCUACGCCGAGUCGGAGCCAGGCGAGCCGGAACACAACGCCACACCGUCCCAGCUGCCCCCUCUGCCGCCUCUGCCCCCCCAACUCAGCUCGCCCAGCCCCCAACCCCAACCCCAACCCCAGCCCCAGCAGGCGCAGGGACAGCCGCCCGGCCAGGGCAGCCUGUUCAGGCCCAAAGGCAGCCGGACUCCCACCCCGUCUCAGCAGAGCACCAAUCCCCCCGGCCAGCACGCCGCCGUCUACAGGCCCCCCAGCAGCCUGGCCCCCGGCUCGCGGGCCCCCAUCGCAGGCUUCUCCUCCUUUGUGUGAGAAUUGCAGAAAAAGAACUAAGGAAAUUUCUGGAAGUUUCAACCUGGCUUCUUUUUUUUUCUUCUUCUUCAUUUUUCUGACACCUGUGGCUACGCCUUCAACUUGAGACUUUCUGAGUGCAAGACACAUGAUAAAGAUACACACUUUUUCUUAGUGUUUUGUUUGCAUGACUUCUUAUUUCUUUUUUUUUUUAAUUUGAUUUUCACACACUCCAUUGGUACGGCCCCCCAGCUCACUGCGCCUCCAAUUACUCCUUUUGUGUGUGAAUUACAGAAAAGGACUAAGGACAUUUUCUGAAGUGUCCACCCGGAUGUUUGUGUGAUUUGUGCUUUUUUUUUUUUCCAAUUCACAUUUCCGAUACUUUUACGAACACCUUCAGCUUGAGACUUUCUAAAACACUUUUUGACACACACCGAUACAUCCGCUACACUUUUUGUUAGAGUUUUGUUAGCAUGACUUAUCACUUUGCUAUGUCCCACACAUAGGAUCAUCUUCAACUUGAGACUUUCUGCAACACCUUUACUUAACAUACAGUCCGGUCCAUAAACAUUUGGACGUCCACACAAUUCUCACCUUUUUGGCUCUAAACACCAUCACAAUGAAUUUGAAAUGAAAUUAACAAGAUGUGCAUUAACUGCAGACUUUCAGCUUUAAUUUGAUGGGAUUUACAUCCAAACCAGGUGAACGGUGUAGGAAUUACAACAGUUUUUAUGUGCCUCCCACUUCUUAAGGGGCCAGAAGUAAUGGGACAAUUGCCAAUGGAACUGACUUAUAUUUACUAAUUAUGUGACUGCUGACAAAAACAGCAGGAUGGAUUCUGACGUGUGUUGGACAAUAUUAUCUGUUCGUAGUCAGCCAAAUGCUUGAAAACUCAUUGGACGGCGCUUCACAGUGCAGAUGGACAAUGGCACGAAGCAUACUCAGAUAGCAACCAGACUUUUUUUUCAUGAAAAAUUUUAUGUAAUGGCCCAGUCAAUCCCCUGACCUGAAUCUGACUGAGCAUGUAUUUCACUUGCUGAAGACAAAACUGAAGGGAAAAUGCCCCAAGGACAGAACUGAAGUUGCAGUAGAGGUUUGGCAGCAUCGCCAGGGAUGAAAUCCAGCAUCUGGUCAUAUCUAUGCAUUCCAGACUUCAGGCUGUUAUUGACUGCAAAGGAUUUGCAACAAAGUAUUAAAAAGUGAAAGUUUGAUCUAUGAUUGUUAAUUUGUCCCAUUAAAUUUUGUUCCCUUAAAAGUUGGAGGCUUAUAUACAAACUGUUGUAAAUCCUCCACCGUUCACCUGAUUUGGAUGUAAAUUCCCUCAAAUUAAAGCACAUCUCAUUGUUGUUCCCCCCCCCCCCCCCCCCCCCCUCAUUUUAAAUCCACUGUGGUGGUGUUUAGAGCCAAAAAAUAUGACAAUUGUGUCAAUGUCCACAUAUUGAUGGAACUCACCGUUUGAUCAUACUACUACUACUAAAGCUUUUUUUAGCAUUUUGUUGGCAUGACUUAUUUAUUCAUUCACCUUCCACACUUUUACGGAUGCACUCAACUUGAAACUUUCUGCAACAGUUUUUGACACAUGACUAUAAUACAAUUAGUACACUUUUUGUUAGCAUUUUGUUCACACGACUUGAAUUGUUUUCAUGCUCCACACUUUUAGGAAUGCCUUCGAUUUGAGAUUUUCUGCAACACUUUUUCCCACAUGAUCAUACAUCUACUCUGCAUUUUUUUUUAGCAUUUUGUUCAGCGGACAUCAGUUUUUUCCUCUCCCACACUUUUAGGAAUGCAUUCGAUUUGAGACUUUCUGAAUGACUUUUUGACACAUAACGAUGAUACAACCGCUAUACCUUUUGUUAGCGUUUUGUGAGCAUCACUCCUUUUUUUUGGUGACACCUUUAGACACACCUUUAACCUGAUACUUUCUGCAACACUUUUUGACACAGUGAUGAUAGAUGUACUCCACUUUUUGUUAGCAUUUUGCACGCAUAACAUUUUUUUAUUUGUCAAACUUCAGAACACCAACUUCAGACUUUUUGCAAGACUUCCACACAUGACGAUCAUACAUCAACUUCACUUUUUGUUAGUUUUUGUUUGCAUGACAUCCUUUUUUUAUUUCAUAAACACAACUUGACUCUCUAAGACACCUGAUGUUGAUACAUUUACCAAACUUUUUGUUAGCAUUUUGUUUGCAUGACGUAUCUUUUUUUUUUUUUUUUUUUUUUUUUGUAUGCACACACUCAAGUGGUACUACCUUUGUAUGCCGUGCAAAGUCACAAGAGUCCUUGAACACAUAUAUACAUAGAGACAUACUUAUGUGUAUAUAUAUAAUAUGACGCUAUAUAUUAUAUAUACGUAUCUAGAGGACUAGUCAGUGCUCACUCAGAAUUGAUGGCAACUGGAAUAGUUUUGGGGAAAAAAGUGCUGUUGAUUGUAUAAAAGUUGCAAAUGUUGUAUUUGUGUGUGUGAAGCAACAAUCAAGUAGCACAUCAAAGAUCAGCUGGACUCAUACUUGAGUCAUAUAUAUGACUUUGUAUAUCGAGUCCAUAUUCCAACGGAUGCCUUUCACGCACAUGGAUGACAUCUGACAGAGGACUGCGGACAUUUGCUGGAUAUUUUUGUGGAUAUUUCUACUUGGGAUCACUUUGGAAUCAAUGGCAGUAACUUGAAAACAAAGGAUAUUCUCUUUUUUUGGCCCUUCUGGUUUCUGGCUUCUGGCUUCCGAUUGAUGAUGUCAUCAGAUCACCUCACCGCAAAUGAAGCCAUUGUCCUGUCUCCAUUGCUUUGUUCGUGUGUGUGUGUGUUUUGGCACACGACCCAAGCUUUACAGAUCAUUCAGUGUGUGUGCGCGUGUGCGUGUAUGCGUAACAAACUGUAAACCUGCCCCGACACUCAAUGCUACAGUGAAAACUCGACGGUUAGUUUAUUUGAACAGUGUCAUCUAAUUGUCAAUAUUUUUAUUAAUUUUUUCCUGUGAGGUGAUUUUGUUUCGUACGCGAUAAAAGCUUACCAUGUAGAAGAAUGAAUAUAUGAUCACAGUACAUUUCGGAAAUAAAUUAUUUUUCAAUGUUUA